UACAUUCGAAUAAUUGGAUUUCAUGAAAGAGAGCUUCAUUCUCUUCCAUCAACAGACUUAAAAAGCAUUUCAUUACAAAUAUAUAACAUUUUAUCAUUGGUUUUCUUAGACUCUUGCGUAUGUUUGCACAGUUACGCUCCAUAGACUUGUGAAAACAUCCAUUCCAACAUUAAACUAAACGACCUGGGCCUUCAGACGUUCAAUGAAAAUAUGUAUUAUUUAUACAUUAGUGUCUAAAUAUAUUUAUAGGUAAUAAAUAGCCCCAUAUUACUUAUUUUUUUCGGAAAAUUAGUGCAGUGAAAUAGGCUAAUAUUAGUUUAUAUUAAAGUUGAUUAGUUGAUGUAAGGUUCUUGUCCAGAUCGACAGCGAUUGUUUCACAAAUGGAGUUCGUGGGCUACUGAAAUAUCUAUCGUUUAUAUUUUAUCUUGCCCUGAUGUAUAAUUUUGAGAAAUAAACAAUUUUGUAUUUAGUUUAAAUAUACUUACGUUUUCUGUCUGAUUUUCUGAGAGCUUUUUCGAGAAAGCAUUUCUUCUCUGAUUCAAUUCUAGCCGGAACACGAAAGUCAAGCUGAUACACGUUGCUUUUGUCUGUUAUUGAAAUACGUUGAUGUUUAUGUGACACACUAAAAUAAACGAACCCAUUCUACGGAAUAAAUUGAGUUCCUGUCGUUAUAUUCUAACACUUGGGGGAAAGACACAGUUUUGUUCUAAGAUAGAAAACGCGUUGGAGUGAGCUGAAUUUUUGCAUAAUACCGACACCCACUCGUUUCCCGCUCACAGAGGUAGUAUCUAAUUGCAAAACCAUUGCUUUUUUUAAAAACAAUUGAAUCUGGGCUAAAGGCACAGUAAGCGCUAUACUAAGUAUGAAACGUUAAUCAGUUUUAAAUACACGUUUGUAACUCACCGAAUGCACAUAGCCAGAACAACAUACACAUUAAAGCAUUGAAACAUUUAUAUUUUAGGUAUGAAGCCUGCAUUCAGUUAAAUGUAGCUCUCCUCAGCUUUGGCCGGCUGCUUCACAUUUAAGACGGCGAAUGUUUAAAUGCGGUCUCGGGGCACUAAGCUGUCAGACCUUUUGGCUAGCAAGAUUGAUAGCUACCCUUCCAGUCCUCUUUGUUUGCAAGACAAGCAGUAAAAGAAGAACGGCCUACUAAACUUUCUUAGUUUAAAAUAUAUAUAUAUGCAGAUACAGCGUAAGCCUAUGUAACAAUUAUAUUAAGAAUUUUCCAAUUGUCGUAGAAUUGUCGUAGUUUUAAAAGGUGAAGAUCUUAUUCAACCAUUCAAUAUAUUUUAAUAUUAAAUCAUAAUAGGUUAUAUGUUUACCAAUCAUCUGUAAUUCCCCAUAUGAUCAGGAGUGAUGCCCGGAUCCAAAGAUCAGUCAUGCUUAGUCCUCGGUGUUACUGUUAAAUAAACAAAUAUUUAGGCCUAUAUCUGAGCGUAAUUAUAUGCAUUGUUUUCCGUUAUUAAUAUGGAAGCCUAUAAAAUAUUGUACGACGCAAAAACAAUUAUAUAUAGAUCGUGAUAGAACUAGAAAUUCUAUGUGUCUAUUUUAGCAUUAUUGGAAAUAUUAAACCGACUAAAAUAUUGCUCUUGUGUAUACAUGUUCAUGAGUAUGUGGCUUUUUAUGUCUCAGUGGGGGGUGGGGAUGGGGGAGGCAGGGUGGAUUCCUUCCCUCCCCAGCAGGCUUGGAUUGUUCGGAUUUUCUGUCAGAACAUUUAAGAUUAAUGGCUUACUCUGUUAAUGACUGCCGGCGUAAGACGUAGGUGCUGCCGUGAUUUGUGAGGUGCGGAUAGCAUUCUGAUGUUCACGGACAAUGCAAGAAACGCGGAGUGGCUGCGCACAGAGUGAUAUUAAAAUAUUAUGCAGAAUGCUGAAACAAACCAAUUGAGAGUAUAAAUAAAAGUCUCCCGUCGGAAUUAGGCGUUUGAUACGGACUUUUUGGAUCGAUCAAGCACACGGUGGCCUCUUUUGAUUAAAGCCCAAAUUGCCAUUGGACAGAGGUAAUCAUGUGACGAGCAUUUCGGUCUAAUUUCAACCUUGUCUCCAUCAAUGCAAUAGUUUAACAGCGGCACCAUCCCAAUUCAGCUGUAAACAUCGAAUUGGAUAAAUGAGGUUUUAAAUAUUUCUAUUUCUGCAAUAAAUUUAAGGUAAUUGGGGACUUUACAAAUCUGUAACGGUGAGGAGAUGAAUUACGAAUUUGAGCAGGAGAGCGGUUUUAUCAACAGUCAACCGUCGCUUGCUGAGUGCCUGACGUCUCUCCCCCCUGUCAGUGAUUCAUUUCAGAGUUCAUCAAUCAAGAGCUCGACGCUUUCACUCUCCACGCUCAUUCCUCCUCCUUUUGAGCAGACCAUUCCCAGCUUAAACGCCGGCAGUCAUCCCCGCCACGACCGGCCCAAACAGAGCCUCCAUGGCUGCAGCCCCUUGCCGGCCGCAUCCCUUCCCCCGGAGUAUCCGUGGAUGAAAGAGAAAAAAACCACCAAGAAGAAUCCAAUUUCCGCGUCUGGUACAACUGCCGUCGAGUCCGGACCGGUUUGCUUUUCUCUAAAAGAUGCAAACGACAUUGCCGAGAAUAGCAGCGCGGCAUCUCGCAGAUUGAGGACUGCAUACACCAACACGCAACUCCUGGAGCUGGAGAAAGAAUUUCAUUUCAACAAGUAUUUAUGCAGACCCAGGAGGGUAGAGAUCGCAGCUUCUUUGGAUUUAACUGAAAGGCAGGUUAAAGUCUGGUUUCAGAAUAGGAGGAUGAAACACAAGCGACAGACGCAAUGCAAGGAGAACCAUAAUCUGGACGGGAGACUCAUUCGGGCAGAAGAGGCAGGAAACACUGGGAAGUCAGUACUGGAACAGACCAUAAACAAUGUCUCCGGUGCUCUUUUGGAAAGUGAGGACUGCUUGUUUGAUGAAAACAACGAUUCUCCUGAUAUUCCCCGAGAUAUACACGCUGGAGAUUACCAGAGCUUUAUCCACUCGCCUUUAAACAGCAGUGACAAAAAUCUGAAACAUUUCUCGAACCAAUCACCUUCCGGCCAAGUGUGUAUCUCGACCAUGGGAUCAGGGAGCUCGUCCGACAUGGACAACUGCAGCUCCCCGGCCCUGGAUGUCUCUCCUUUUCAGGACUUGCAAAUUUUCUCGCCAGAUUCAUGCCUUCGCCUUUCAAAUUCCAUGUCCCCCAGUUUGUCAAAAUCUCUGGAUGGCUCUGUGGACAUAUCCAAAGACAGCUUAGAUUUUUUCUCGGACACACUUACAGCUAUCAAUAUGCAACAAAUGGAUUAUUAAAUCACGUAGAAUCAUUCCUGUCAAUUCUAAAGUACACAUUAACUCGUUGGCUAGAAAAAUUCUCUUGUAAUUUUAUUUAUUACGUUGUUUAUUAAUGAAAACGAUAUGAGGUAAGUUUGAAUUAAAAUCGUUACACCUGGAAAGGGUAGAGAUACAAAACCACGAGCGUAUAAUUUUGUAUAUUAGAAAGACUGUUAAUAUUUUACAAUAAAAUUUCACAGCUUUCAAAA